UCUCCCCUCUUCCCGAGGCAAACUCUCCUCCUCGUCUCUUUGCACCGCCUUCAAAAGCCCUAGAAAUCAACUCCAAAACCCGCUUCAACUCCUCUUCUAACCCAAAAGAGAAAGAGAAAAUGCCGAUCAAGCAUCUUCUCAUCCUCCACCGUAGAUCUCCUAAACUCCAUCCCAUUCUCCUCCAAUCCCUUCGCUCCUUCUCCACCUCCCCCUCCGUCGCGCCUGACCUCUCCCCUCCAUCCACCUCCUCCCCCUCCACCCCACCACCCGUCAUGAUCUACGAUCGCCUCGCCUCAUCCGUCCAAUCAAAGCUCCACCUCCUCUCCGACCCUGAUCCCCGCUUCCUCCGCCACGCCUCUCCUCACCCGUCCAUCACGGACCACACCUCCAUCCUCUCCGCCCCCGCCACCCGCGUUACCACCCUCCCCAACGGCCUACGCGUAGCCACCGAGUCCUCCCUCGCGGCCCGCACCGCCACUGUUGGCAUUUGGAUUGACGCCGGCAGCCGGUUCGAAUCCGAUGAGACCAACGGCACGGCUCAUUUCCUCGAGCACAUGAUCUUCAAGGGGACAGAGAAGCGGUCGGUGAGGGUGCUGGAGGAGGAGAUUGAGAACAUGGGAGGCCACCUGAAUGCGUACACCUCCAGGGAGCAGACAACAUACUAUGCUAAGGUGAUGGAUAAGGACGUGCCGAAGGCGCUGGAAAUACUCGCUGAUAUUCUGCAGAACUCGUGCUUCAGUGAGGACAAGAUCAACCGUGAGCGCGAUGUCAUUCUACGGGAGAUGGAAGAGGUGGAGGCGCAAGCUGAAGAAGUUAUUUUUGACCAUUUGCAUGCAACUGCCUUCCAGUACACUCCUUUAGGUAGGACCAUUCUGGGACCAGCCCAGAAUAUCAAGACGAUUACCAAAGCACAUCUUCAGAACUACAUUUCUACUCACUAUACAGCUCCCAGAAUGGUAAUUGCUGCUGCUGGUGCAGUUAAGCACGAGGAUAUAGUUGAGCAAGUGAAGAAGCUUUUUACCAAGCUGUCAAGUGAUGCUACUACAGCCUCUGAGCUGGUUGCGAAGGAGCCAUCUGUUUUCACUGGUUCUGAGGUCCGGAUGAUUGACGAUGAUGUUCCACUUGCACAAUUUGCGGUUGCAUUCAGUGGAGCGUCUUGGAGAGAUCCAGAUUCAAUUGCUUUGAUGGUCAUGCAAUCAAUGCUGGGUUCUUGGAACAAGAAUGCAGGUGGCGGAAAGCACAUGGGAUCAGAGCUUGCUCAGAGGGUUGGGAUUAAUGAAAUAGCUGAGAGCAUGAUGGCUUUUAAUACCAACUAUACAGACACUGGCUUGUUUGGUGUCUAUGCUAUUGCUAAGCCAGAUUGCUUGGAUGAUUUGUCCUAUGCAAUCAUGUACGAGAUAAGCAAGUUGUCCUACCGGGUUUCAGAAGCUGAUGUUGCUCGUGCUCGCAAUCAGCUGAAAUCUUCUCUGCAACUUCAUAUUGAUGGAACCAGUCCUGUUGCUGAGGAUAUUGGUCGCCAGCUGCUUACAUAUGGUCGCAGAAUACCGUUUGCUGAGCUCUUUGCAAGGAUUGAUGCAGUUGAUGCAAGCACUGUCAAGCGUGUUGCAAACCGGUUUAUAUUUGACAGAGAUGUUGCGAUAGCUGCCAUGGGACCAAUCCAAAGUCUCCCUGACUACAACUGGUUCAGACGCCGGACAUACUGGCUCCGCUAUUAGAUUUUUUUUUUUUUUGGUCACAUUCAUCGUUUAUUUCAAAUCAUCUCAAGAUCACCCUUUUUAGCUUUGAAAACAUCAUUUCUUCCGUGAAAAGCCAUUGAUGGCUGGCCUUUUUGGCCCUCCCUUUUCUUUUUAAUUUUAUUCUUGUUCUGUAUUCUGUGACGUCCCUGUUUCAGUCAAAUAAUCAGUUUGCAGAAAAGCAUGGACAGGCUGUGUUUUUGCCA